UCUUAGAUGGGCAACCUUAUCUUUUCACCCUUUAUGUUUUUCGGAUUCAGGGGAUACCGAGUCGGGAUUCUCAAUGUCUUCUAGGCCGGUAACCAAUGCUUGUCCAGGUACUACUCGUGGGUUGCCAUGAGGAACUCCUGGACGUUUGGUUUGAUACACUCCCGGCUCCGGCGCGAAUCUGCGACACACAAAACACCAAGGUAGACAACAACCGGGUUCCCGAGAGCCUCUGGGCCUGUAGUACCUAUCGCCACGGCACUUGUGAGGUUGUACAGGAUAUACGGGCGGACGGGUUACACCAAAGACCUCUGCCAUUCAGUUGCGAACCAACGAGCCCUCCUCUUGACAUCUGCGACAACUCCAAUGGCAUCGAAGCCGUUUCCUUUUGGCCAGUCAUCUUUCUAGACGCUCCCCGUAUCACACACAUGGUACCGUAACCAUCAGUUCAGUAUCGUCGUCUACCUAGGGACCUAGACCUAGUAGCUAUAGCAGAUAAGAAUUAAUCGUGGCGUCUACUAGAACAUCAUCGUCACAACGGGGGUUAUCAUACAGCCAUCUUAGAAGCAGGAUUGCGUCAAAAAUGAUGCUCGCGCUCGUAGUUUUCCCAAAAAACAACGAUUGAGAAAUCUUGUUUUGAGGCAUGACCGGUAUGCGCUCAGAGAGAGGUCUGCAAUUCCUUGAAGCAAGAGAAAAGAUUUUCUUGAUAAAUGACAUCGCUGGAAUUCCAAUCCAACGUAUAUCACUUCGUCUUAAUGCUCGCUUUGACGCAGCAUGGAAUCAUUGAGGGAGCGAUCUCACCUCACCGCAUUCCCGUCACCGAAGUUUUAUGGUUGAAUGGCUGGAUGGCUGGUGAGCAUCCCG